AUGAAGUAUCCUUCCUCUAAUCCGAAUUCUCUUUCUCAAUUCAUUGACAUUCUUAAUAAGAACAUAUGUUGUAAUCCUUUUUACUUUUCUGAAUACCUAAACCAUUUCUCAUUAUUCUGUUGCGCAGGAAAAACCCUAGCUCCUCAACCAGAUCUUGAAGAGACUGCCAAGUCGAAGAAUCACACCGCUCACAACCAGUCCUACAAGGCACACAAAAACGGCAUCAAGAAGCCCAAGAGGCACCGCCACACUUUCACCAAAGGGAUGGAUCCCAAGUUUCUGAAGAAUCAUAGGUACACUAGGAAGCACAACAAGAAGGAUGUUGAAUCUGUCACUGAAGAAGAGUAAAGUGCUGGUCAGUGGUCACUGAUGGAGCUAUUUGGAUUCUUAGCUUAGAUUUCUUAUUCAGGCUCUAUAUGUUUUGUUUUGUUUCAAACCUAUCUCUAUAUUACAGUCAUUUUCAUGGUUUGUUCUGAAUCCAGACAUAAUGGAAUGGUUGAUUUGAUAACAUUAUUGUUCUAUUUUGUUGAAGACAUUUAAAUUUUAUCAGAGUUUUAGUUCCCAUAUUAAAUUGAAAAAGGAAAGCU